GCUGCCGUGCUCAAGGGAAGGUGAAUCAUCAACCGAGGAGCUGUCGGAGUAUGUUCUUCUGAUGGAGCAGCUCGAUGAAAACUUCGUUUCAACGGCAGACCUGCAGCGGCUGACGGCUGAAGACAAUGACUUAAGGCAGGUCCAAAAGUGGGUUCAAAGUGGGUCCUGGCCUCAGAAGAGUCAUAACGGGAAAAUGACCCUAAAGCCAUUCCUGGAAAGGCGGAGCGAACUAACCACCUCGCACGGCCUGGUAUAUUGGGGAUCUCGAGUCGUAAUACCGCAAAGGGCUCGGAAGACUGUACUUGCUCUCUUGCAUGAAAGCCACCGCGCCGCAUCGGCCAUGAAGGCGUUAGCUCGGUCCAUUAUAUGGUACCCCGGAAUUGACCAAGAUCUGGAGCGUAUGGUCAGUCAGUGCACGAAAUGUGCCCAAGUUUCUCCAGCCCCACCGGCCAGAGAUCCUGUGCCAUGGCCGGAGACGAACGAGAAAUGGUCGAGAGUGCACGUGGACUUCGCCGGCCCAAUAGACGGGUUCAUGUUGUUAGUUCUCGUUGACUCUCAUAGUCAGCCAGUGUGGUUCCGAAACUACGGUCCUGGCGACAAGUGGAGCCCCGGAAUCGUAAAGGCAACAACUGGUUCCCGCCUGGUGCAAGUUCAGUCCCCAGGCGAUGGCAAGGACCACCGGCGCCACGCCGACCAGCUUCGCCGUCGUGAUCCCGGUGACGCAGCUACUGAGCCUCCCGCGCCAGCACCCGCUUCCGAGACUGUCCCACCUGAGGCGGCUUCCGCGCCAGACCCCGCUCUUGAGACCGUCCCACCUGAGGCGGUACCAACAUCCGUGUCUCCAACUCCGCGACGAUCAACGCGAAGUCGUCGCUCGCCAUCACGUCUCUUCUACGGGGGGAAAGGAGUGUUGGGGAGCGAAUGA